AUGGCUCAGCACUAUCCGGCCACAGGCCAUCUUUGUUUUUUCUGUACAAACAAAACCCCUGAGUAUGAACCUUGCAUCAUGGGAAUGAACAUGGCAGUUGAUCUAGAUGUAUCGAAAUCACUAAUCAUGGGGGAUUCAGAUUUAAUCAUUCAGCAAGCCCAAGGUGAAUGGGAAACUCGGAACAUCAAACUCAUCCCGUACAAGCAGCAUGUGGAAGAUCUCAGCAAAGGGUUUAAGUCCGUCGAGUUCAAGUAUAUCACUCGAUUCCACAAUGAGUUAGCUGAUACACUAGCUACUUUGGCCUCAAUGCUGCCAUACCCAGGCCAGUGGAGAUUAAAAGAGAAUUACCAGAAGGCUUGCAAGCAGUUUCUUUUUGAGUGGAGAGGUCCAAUACAAAAGAAAUCCAGAUCUAAAUCUUUUGAGAUACACGACGACCUGAUUGAUGCACCGCCUUCAGAGUUACAUCAUAUGUCAGGACCUUGGCCAUUCGUUGCUUGGGGCAUGGAUGUUAUUGGGCCAAUAGAGCCGAAAUCUUGGCAUAGAUUCAUCUUAGUUGCUAUUGAUUAUUUUACAAAGUGGGUCGAAGCUGUCACUUUCAAAGCUGUCACUAAGAAAGCUAUAGUGGACUUCGUGCAUUCGGACAUUAUUUGUCUUUUUGGUAUUCCUAAAACUAUCAUUACAGACAAUGCUGCAAAUCUGAGCAGCUAUUUGAUGAGGGAGGUAUGCGAACAAUUUAAAAUUACGCACCGUUAUUCUACCCCUUAUCGACCCAAAGCUAAUGGCGCUAUUAAAGCGGCAAACAAGAACAUCAAGAAGAUCCUCAGAGAAAUGGUUCAAGGUUCUAGGCAAUGGCAUAAAAAGUUUCCCUUUGCACUAUUGGGAUAUCGCGCACAUCAGUUGGAGAUACGCUUUAUUGGUUUAUGGCACUGA